AUGACAGAAAUAUUGAGGCAACAACAGCAGUGGCAACAACAGUGGCAACGCCCACAACCUGCACCUCCAGUGCAACCUGUACUAGAUGUGCAAAAUGACGACCGAACAAUAGCCCUUACUAAGGAGUUCAAGAAGAUGAAACCACCACUGUUCCAUGGGGGUAUGGAUCCGUUAAAGGCUGAAGCUUGGAAAGUACAGUUGGCUACUUUCAUAUUAGAGGAUGAAGCGAGAAGAUGGUGGAUGUUGCUCCGCGAUAAUAACAAAGGCAUUGAUUGGACACAGCUCCUUGCACUCUUUUAUGAGAAAUACUUUCUUCAGUGCGUUUGUGAUAGAAAGGUGUCAGAAUUUGAAGGGUUAAGGCAAAGCAAUAUGACCGUGGCAGAAUAUGAAUCCCUGUUUACUGAAUUGGCUAGAUUCGCCCCACACAUGGUGGACACCGACUAUAAAAAGGCAAGGAAGUUUGAAAGUGGUCUUCGCAAUGACAUUCGGGAACGAGUGAACGUACUAAAACUACCCACCUAUGUUGAUGUGUUAGACAGAGCCUUAAUGUCAGAAACAAACAUGGCCAGUCGAGGUAAGCCUCCAGCCAACUGGAAGGUUAAAAGACAAGGCUUUUUCUUGGGAAAGAAGACAUCAAAGAAACAAAACACGGGGUCUUCAAGCACCUCGGACUCCACUCGAAAUACAGCACCAACAUGUACUCAAUGUGGUAAGAAGCAUCGUGGGGUUUGUUACCGUAUUUAUGGGGCGUGCUACAGAUGUGGAGAACUGGGGCAUAUGGCAAGGGAUUACAACCGAACUAAACAACAAUAA